GACGAUUCAUAAAUAAUGUCUGAAGAUGCCAAGAGUCCACGCACCAGAAACAUUAUUGAAAAUCAACUUUUUCGCCGUCAGCGAAGCUUAAAGCUUGAGGCACUGCAGCGACAGCGAUCCCAAUAUGGCACCAUCGACGACGCCGACGACGAUGAAGCGGAUACGCUCGACAAGACGUACAUAGUCAUCAUAUUUACGGAGAAGGCCAAGCUCCGCCAUUGUCAGGAUGUGGAGAAGAUCAUACAGGAGUUUGGCAUACAAACGACGCUGGAUUUCGUCAGCAAAACCGAAAAGUAUUUGUAUCUAUCAGCCACGCUGGAUACACUGCUCCGCCUGGCUGAUGCCGCCGAGCUGGAGAAGAUGACGACCACGGGCAGCAUACAAAAGUUUAAUCACGGAUGCGUCGCUGACUUUCUGCUGCCGGGCAUGACCAAGGCAGAGAUUCUGCACUAUUGCGAGACGCCCGUGCUGAUCAAAGAUGUGGUAGAGCCGCCCAUCAGAUCCUACAUACAGAAGGGCUACAUCGAGGACAUGUUUCCACUGCACGAUAUUCUGUAUCUGGAACGCUUCAAUCUGAAUUUCAAACGCACUAAGCUACCCAUUGAAGAGAUCCGCAACUAUUUUGGCUCUGGCAUCGGUCUCUACUUUGGCUUCAUUGAGUUCUACACCAAAGCGCUGGUGUUCCCAGCCAUCUUUGGUAUACUCCAAUGUCUGCUGGAUCUCAAUCUGUCGCUGGUCUGCAGCUUCUAUGUGGUCUGGACCACAAUCUUUUUGGAGCUGUGGAAACGCAAGUGCGCUGGAUACUCGUAUCGCUGGGGCACCAUCGAGAUGAGCAGCUUGGACAAGCCGCGUGCCGCUUACACAGGACAAUUGAAGCCAGAUCCCAUCACGGGCAAGAUGACACUGCAUUAUCCCAUGCGCUACACGUACCUGCAAAUGUAUUGCAUUUCGUAUCCGGUUGUCUUGGGCUGCGUUGUUGCCGCCGCCUGGUUUGCUCUCUAUCAGUUCCAGAUCGAGGCCGAAGUUCUGGCCGAUUUUGGUGCCGAUUCGUGGCUGUUGUAUGUGCCGGUCAUUGUGCAAUCGGUGCUGAUAGCGAUAUUCUCGUGGGCCUACGAGAAGCUUGCCACAUUCCUCACCAAUCUGGAGAAUCAUCGUACACGCUCGCAGUAUGAACGGCAUCGGGUCAAUAAGCUAAUGCUCUUCGAGAUUGUCAACAAUUUCUUUUCGCAAUUCUAUAUCGCGUUUGUGCUGCAGGAUCUCAAGCAGCUCAAGUAUCAGCUGAUGAUGCAGUUGCUCAUCUUUCAAUUGCUCUGCAUUGCCCAGGAGAUUGGCAUUCCACUGAUGGCAGUGCUGCGACAGAAGUACGCCAAGUAUCGCCAUCAGGAAGUCGAUCCGGAGAAGUUGCGCACCAUCACGAAUAAGCCACGCUACGAGCAAUCGUUCUAUGAGUCCGGUCUCGAUGCCUAUCAUUCCACAUACGAGGACUACUUGCAGGUGUGCAUCCAGUUUGGCUAUGUGGUGCUCUUUGCCGCUGUGGCGCCAUUCGCGGCGAUCGGUGCACUGAUCAACAAUGUGUUUGCCGUUCAUAUCGAUAUGUUUAAGCUCUGCAACAUCUUUAAGCGACCCUUUGCACGUAGAGCGAAGAACAUUGGUGCCUGGCAGCUGGCCUUCGAGCUGCUCUCGGUCAUGUCGUUGUUGAGCAACUGUGGCCUCCUCUUCCUGCAGCCCAAUGUCAAACAAUUCUUUUCACACUGGUUGCCUUCCAUACCGGAUCUGUCGUUUGUCAUCUUCGAGCAUCUGCUGCUGGGUCUCAAAUUCCUAAUACACAAAGUGAUCCAUGAGAGACCGCGCUGGGUGCGCAUCGGACUCCUCAAAGCGGACUUUGAGACUAGCCAGGCUCUCAAGUGA